AUGGAGCAGAUGUUGGCACAAAUCAAUGAGGAACAACUCGUGGGAAAUCUCGUGGAAGUAGUGGCCCUCGUUUGGGACUUCGUGGAUCGGCUCGUGGAAGAGUUUCUUCCACCGCUCUUGGAACAAAUACUGCAGAAAAUAACAACCGGCGUGGUUCGACACAAAAUUCCGGAGCCGCUGGACGAUCAGUUCCGGGAAGAGGGAGACCUCGUGGAAGAGCUCGCGGAAGUGUACCAAUUCGUGAAUACCGCACUUUGCUUUCGGAGCUCUAAUUAUUUGGGACCUCUAAUUUUUUGGGACCUCUAA